AUGGCCACUAUCGAGACAAGCAUUCUCCUGCUUCCCGAUGUGGAGAACAUCGAAGAGACGGCAAAGACUGCCUUGUUGAAGACUAAGGGUGUUACCGGAGUAGCAGUGCACCAUUUCGAGGGCCUUGCAAACAAAGAAGGAAAAUGCGGCACAAGAUGGUACAGCGCAUCAAUAAGUAUUGUAGAAUUGGAUAAUACGAUUAAUAUAUAAUUUUUCUUUGACGAAAAGCAAAAGAUCUAGUUCUAGCAUGUAGUUGUACUAGGCUCAAUCACUCAUUGACCUCCACCUCCAGAACAACAUUAAACUUAAUCUUCUGUCUGAUUUAGCGAGCAAAGGGUUGAUCUUCUAAAAACUUCUAUCAGGUACGCCUCCGUAACGUUUAAUAACUUGAAAGUGACGCAGGAGAAGCUGCGGGCGACCAUACAAGAAAAUGCGGAGGCCAAGGUGAUCGUAGCGACGAGGGGAAACAUCAAGAAUUUCUUGAUGGGCGGGUCCUCCUCCUCCUCCUCGUCAAGCACAAAGUCAACAGACGUUGGGGACUGCGGCGCAUCAACCUCAGAGAAGCACGAGUACCAUCGUCCUCCACCUGCUGAUCUUUGUCAUUUUGCUUCGUGUGGUUCAAUGAAUUUGUAUUUGAAUAAAUACCAAUAAGUACGAAUACUAACUUACCGUACUAGAUAGAACACGAGAAGUAGGAAGAGUCACUUCAGUUGAUAGAUACAGCUCCAUUAUUGCACGUCAGCCAUACAGGACUGAUGUCAGUGCCUUACAUGCUCCAAGAUCAUCAGAGAGUUCUAGAAUAUAGAUGGGUCUAGAGGAUCAGCAGUAGGAUCAUGGGUAGGAUCACACCACUAGGAUCCACACACAGGAACACACUACAACCAUGACAAUGGACACCAAUGGAACACAGUGCCAGAAUGGCUUCAGGUAUGAAGCCAGUAGUAUGAAUCAUAUACAUAACUCCGUAGUACCACGAGGGUGCGUACCUAGAUAGCUUAGGUGUGUUCUCUCUGUGAGAACGGCAUGUAAUCGCUCGCGCGACAGUCCUCGACGUUGACACGUCCACAGAGUUAUGAGCCCAAGCAUUCCCCUAGAGGGAAAGGUACGAACUACCAAGGCCACAAUAGUAGUAGCCCCCCAACCAUUAGAGAGCUCCCCAAGCUCGUGGCUGUAGGCGCCCCCGGCAUGCUUUUCGGCUUGUCCGCAGCAACUGGAGUGGCAGGGAAGCGCAAGGCGCUAGUUAAGGGCAAAAACCUCUCCGCACAUCAAUUAUCGCAAUUGAUGCCUCUGCAGGUCGAGAAGGAAAGAAAGAAGCACAAAAUCAUGACCAUGCCGGUCAGCAGUUCGGGUUCGCAAUAUGUGCUAGCCAAUCUAGCACGCGGGGAAAUCUGCAAUACGCAUGUGGCGUCGCAGAUGAUCGCGAACUCAGGAAAGUCGGAGUGAUGUUGUAGUGGCACGAGGGGCCACGGCCACGCGCAAGCAUCUCAGGAAAUGCCGACUCAGGAUAUUCAGACCUACUCUCUUCGCAGAGAGAGGUCGACCAGGAAACUCUAGUGGGUGUUGUGGCGCGGGCGGCCACAAAUCACGCAGAGGGGCAAGGAAAGGAACACUGUCCGAGCGCCAGCACGGGCAACCAGAAGCAGAUCGUGGAGAGUUCGAUCUGAUUCCGAACGCAGAAACAGAAGCAGUACUAGGAGGAGUACGAUGCACCUAGGGCGCGGUAGCAUAGUGGGGUGAGGUAUCUUUUCACUUAUUUUACUCCCUGCUUGUACAAUAGAGCCAGUCUGGAAGUCAGUCGCUUGCUUUGAGUAGACUUAGUAGAGCUAGAGAUAAUAUUUCGCCGACAUUGUCCUUUUGGCUUUUGCUGUUUUGCACGGUAGAAAAUUCAAACUAGCUAACGGGUUCACGCACCCGCUCCUGCGAUUCAUGCAGGAGAAGCCCCCGCUGGAGAAAAACUCGAGCAAGAGUUUCACGGCUCAGGCGUCAUUGCCUGUGGUCCCGGGGUUCUCUGAAAAAUUCCUCUCAGGUAUCUUCCCGCAGGGGAGUGGGAGCCUAAAAAGUAGAAAACGUCUCUACCGCCCCAGAGAUGGGAGCGCAGUUGACAUUUAACAGCCUAAGAAUAGGGAGCGAUCAUGGCCUCAGUGCUAUCGUUUCGCAUUGUUUCCCUAUUAGCCUUCAUGCCUCGUUUUAAUUAUUCAGAUUGCAGCCGUGAUUGCAACCGAAGUCGAGAGUUGCGAUCAUAGCACUUCGACAUAGUAUUCUUAGCCUAGUAAAAGCACAGCCGUAAGAACAAGCUUAAGCAAGAAAAGUUUCUGACGUCACCAAGGAAACCGAUACGGAAAGUAAGAAAUUCUAUGCCAACGACCUCAGGACGUGCCGCGUAAAGGUUUCGGGCCAGAGCUCAGAGCAGCAUCUUCUUACUGAUGUCAUGUUGCAUUAUCGGCGAUGUCUGUGUCGGCAACUAUGCAGAUGUGCACUAAGAAGCACAUGUAAGUUUUUGUGGUUCAGCGCCACCAUCAUGCUGAUGUAUUGUUUUACAUUUUGGAUGAAGACUCUAGAAGCCCAAGAACUCAGCUGACUUGGAGCAGGGGAGUGUAUUGCACGUCAACCAUACAGGACUGAUGUCAGUGCCUUACAUGCUCCAAGAUCAUCAGAGGGCUCUAGAAUAUAGAUGGGUCUAGAGGAAGAUCAGCAGUAGGAUCAUGGGUAGGAUCACACCACUAGGAUCCACACACAGGAACACACUACAACCAUGACAAUGGACACCAAUGGAGCACAGUUCCAGAAUGGGUUCAGGUAUGAAGCCAGUAGCAUGAAUCAUAUACGUAACUCCGUAGCUCCACGAGGGUACCUACCUAGAUAGGCGCGUUGUCUCUGUCAGGACGGCAUGUAGUCGCUCAUGCGACAGUCCUCGACGUUGACACGUCCACACUCAUGCCAAAAAAACAGGUCGUACAACAUGGCAGACGAAGAGGAAUCAUCAGCCGAAGUUCCCCCCGCAGAUUAUGCCGACGAACUGAACGAGUGGUGGGGUCUGGACGGCAGCGACAGCGAAGGCGAAGAAGAUGGCAAGCCAGCACAAGCGACGUAUCUCGAAGAGGGUAUAGUUUACGCACCACAGUCACAAUUUUAAUACGUACAUCUACAUAGUAAAAGAAGCGCCCUGAACCAAAUGAUGAUGAGUGAAGAUGUGAUUUGCAUGCGUUCUGCUUUGCUGGAGGUGGGAAGUUCACUUCUUUAGUCUUCUUCUCUUGAUUUAGAUUUCGAAACUUCUAGAAGAUGCACCAAUGAAUUUCGAAGCUAGAAUCUUGCUUCACGUAGUGGGUAGUGCCAUUCCUGUGCGCUUUGAUGAGCGAUUGAGUUUGAGAGUAGAAAGACCUAAAUCUCCCCCACAUUUUUUCGACGCAAUGCAACACAUUCUGAUCAGACGAAGGCAAGAAGCGGGCGCACAUGAACUUUUUCGCACCAUUAGUUGGCGUGAUGGGCCUUGACGCCGCAGCGACGAUGGCUGAUACCGCUGCCAACCCGCUCAGCGUCCAGCCAUACGGCAUUCGAGAGAGCGACGAGCAACAGCGCAGCGCAUCAUAUUUUAGCAGACUUUCCAGCUAUUUUUCAUCUGGAAGCGGAUAAUCGUAAUCGAAAGCUUGAUUAGAAGACAUGCUGAUGAUGUGCUGCAAAGUCGUUGGUUUUUUUCGCGCUCGGAAAAAUAUGUGUGUUUGACAUCCACGUUGUAGUUCUAGCAGAAAAGCUUCUUGAAUGUCCAGACAUGACAAUAUCCUAGUAGCUGCACGAAAAACCCGCGCUCCCCUAAGCACAUAUCGACGGUCUACUCCCUAAAGCACAGAACCAAAAUGAAAAUCUCAAUACUUCUUUGACCAAAUUAAAUGAAAGUCCAAAUGCAGAAUGAAUUUUUCGUACAUAUUUCUGAAUUUCAACGCAAGCGAGGGUGUCAGUCAUCCGAUACCUAAGGACCACAAAGAGGAAGAAAUUUUUUCUGUCCUUGUCUUCAUCGUCUACUUCAAUUUUCAAAAACCAAAACGUAAGCUUAAGCAUAUCAUGUACUUAAAGAGAAUAUCAAGAAUAUGCCCGUCCGAUCGGAGAGAAAAGAGAAAACAUCAACAACUUCUGUGGAAGAACACAAAAUAAAAUCACCCGUGCUCGAGGACGUUCCUCCUGUAUACAUCAAUGAAUCGAAAAAUGCC